GAAAACCCUCUUAAAAGCCCGUCUUCCGUAUAAUUUUCCCUCGUUUCACCCUAGCCGCCGAACCGAGCCUUCACCUCCUGCUUUCCAUUUUGCUCGUCGCCGUUCCAAAAAUGGCUGAAGCGGUCGAAGUGACUCAGGAACUGAUCCAGCCUCAAUACGACGUGAAGCUUUUCAAUCGCUGGACCUUUGAUGAUGUCCAGGUUAAUGACAUGUCCCUGGGGGAUUACAUUGGAGUUGCACCAGCCAAGCAUGCGACCUAUGUUCCACACACUGCAGGUCGAUAUUCCAUGAAGCGUUUCAGGAAAGCUCAAUGCCCAAUUGUGGAGAGACUUACAAACUCGCUUAUGAUGCAUGGCAGAAACAAUGGAAAGAAACUAAUGGCUGUGAGGAUUAUCAAGCAUGCGAUGGAGAUUAUUCAUCUGCUAACUGAUUUGAAUCCAAUUCAAGUUAUUGUUGAUGCUGUUGUUAACAGUGGACCCCGUGAAGAUGCUACCCGAAUUGGUUCAGCUGGUGUUGUUAGGCGUCAAGCUGUGGAUAUAUCCCCUCUGCGACGUGUAAAUCAAGCCAUAUACCUUAUUACAACUGGUGCCCGUGAGGCUGCUUUCAGAAACAUCAAGACUAUUGCUGAAUGUUUGGCUGAUGAACUCAUCAACGCAGCAAAGGGUUCAUCAAACAGUUACGCUAUCAAGAAAAAGGAUGAGAUUGAGAGAGUUGCGAAGGCCAAUCGUUAAGCGUAGUUCGACAAAGGAGAGAGAGCUCAAAGGAUUCAUCAAAAGCUUCGUUUUUGGUUCAUCAUCUAGUUCAAAGUUUCUAUGGACAUUGUUGUCCUCAAUGUUUUGUUUGCCUUAUCUUAGCCAGCGAGAAGUCAUCAUAUAAUUGAUUAAGCCUUAAUGAGAAGUCUUUAUAUUUGGUGAGAAUCUUUGUCAUCUGGAUAUUUGUAAUACUUAAAUGUUUAUUUAUGGUUGCUUUUCAAAAUUAUUACAUUAAAAUUACUUA